AUGAACAACAUUCGCUUUCACGCCAGCAAGAUGUUUGACGUACCGGCAGUGAGUCUUUCGGCAUUUUCGAACAAGUGCGUAAACUACCACCAGCGACUCGGGACUUGCAUUGAGGGAACUGAAAUUUAAGAAUUUGAACUACAACAUGGUCUAUAAAAGUACUUCCGAGUACUUGUAUCUAACGAUAAUUGAUAGAAGUGGGCAGAACAAUUAUGCGGCGGGUAGAUAUUGUACGGCAAUAAGUCAUCUAGCUGUUUUCUCUCGCGAUUACAAGAAUGGGCUUUCUUCUAAAAUUUCGUCAGGACGCAGACAGUGCUGUCCGAUUCUGUUUAUGCCCCGAAGGAAUGUGAUCGCGUCUAUCAUCCGACGUGUACAAAGGACAACAGCCCUGCGGGCAGCGGCUGCCCUCAGGAAGACUACUGCCAGACGUUGGAUUCAACGGCGCUCGCCCAGUGCCGCGACGAUUACACGUAUCUGCGGGUUCAGCGACCCCUGGGGCAAAACCCGGACGGAAGCACGACACCAGCCAGUACGCCGCUUGUUUCCGAAGGUAAAAGUCUAAAAAACGUCUUUAUGCAGCCAGUGGAGGGAGAGCUGACGCAAAUCAUGAUGCAGUCACAACUGCAGUGCCUCUGUGAACACGAUGAGACGGAGUACCUUCGCUGUUUCAGCAACGGCUAUCCUCAGACCAGCUGCCUCGAGGAUGGAGACCCAGCUUGCCUGGAUUGGUCGAUUUUUAUGGCGCCGUCAAAGUGAAUCAAAAGUGAUUCCAUUCACUUUCAUUUUUCUGCUUAAAAUUUGGUUGCACUUGUUUUUCGUUCCUCUGUUUGAACAACAUUCUGAUAAACAUCAAUCCAACCUCCGAAGAAAUACAGACAAUGCAUAGUGCGAUGUAAGAAGUAGACUUCACUAUCACAGUUCCUUCCCUGCUUCAUAGUUUCCACCGACUUGCAUAUUACGGCUUCGCGGCCAGUCGAAAUCCGCGGCGGACUCAGGGACACGUUUGACGAUUUACCUCGGUCUCAUCUAGAGUACGUGCAUGAAACGCUUAAGCGGGAGACGAGUAACCAAAACUCUGGCGGAUUCAGCUCCCUGACACGAUGCCCAUAUGGAACGAUGACGCAAACAGACGGCGCCUUUCAGCUAGAACUCUGUGUUGCGCGCAAAAGCGUAACCUUUUUACGUGACAUUGACACUUACGAUACGGUUUCGUGAAUUUUGAUUACAUGAAUUUGUUGCAGAUGAGUGUAGCCGUACACGAGUAAGGUCUUGAGAAGAAAAGCAGGUGCGGAUUUCUUUUAUCAAUCGGCACGAUAACGGUCUGGAAUCAUCAAGUUAGACGUCAGUAAAUACGGUGAGCGCAUUGCGCAAGCAUUGUGGGGCUACAUUUGAAAACAUGGUUUCAAUUGUCACUAUUGUCACGGGGACGGCCGUCACUCGUGUGAUACACUGUCAUAUCUGCUCCAUCUUACCGGUAGACUCGUAGAGCCACUUGAGACGCCAUGAUGAUGGUCGUGUCGUGUUUUCAUCCUGCUUAUGGUAACUAUUCCUCUAAAAAAUAUUCGAUAUUGUCGUUGUGAAAUUGGAUCCGAUCGAUCUGGCGUUGAGUACCGGACCCAUGUAUCAGGACGUCGAGGACGAGCC